AUGUUGAAGACAGGCAGACCUCCAGCUGGAGACCUUUCCAGAGGGCUGGCCCCAUCAUGGAAAAGCAACACUUCCAGGCUUCGGUCUCCUCCAGAACUUCACAGCCUUCAGACACCAAGACAAGAUUUUGAUAUCAUCUCCAGUGAGGCCCAGGGUCAUGAUUUUGAUCCUUUGUCAGUUGAAAGCAAGAAAGCUGCAACGGUGGUACUGAUGCUUAGUUCCCCUGAAGAAGAAGUUCUAUAUAAAGCAUGUGAAGCUCUGUAUAAAUUUGCAUCAAAAGGUGAAGAAAACAAGCUGACACUUCUUGAAUUUGGAGCCCUGGAACCUUUAUUUAAAUUAGUUACACAUGAAGAUCCCACUGUUCGCAGAAAUGCUACCAUGGUAGUGGGGAUCAUGGCAUCUCAUAAUGAUGUGAAAAAAUCACUAAGGCAGCUUGAUGUCACAAGUGCAUUCAUAGCUCGUCUGGCACCAGAAGAAGAUGUUGUCAUCCAUGAGUUUGCUAGCCUUUGUUUGGUACAUAUGGCAGUUGAUUAUAAUAGCAAAGUGCAAAUAUUUGAGCAAGGUGGACUAGAGCCUCUUAUCCGACUGCUAGGAAGUCCUGAUCCUGAUGUUAAGAAGAAUUGUGUUGAAUGCAUCUAUAGUCUAGUGCAGGAUUUUCAGAGCCGUGCUGCAAUACGUGAACUAAAUGUAAUUCCUCCUUUGUUGGAACUUCUAAAGUCUGACUACCCAGUUAUUCAGUUGUUAGCACUCAAAACUUUAGGUAUCAUUACCAUUGACAGAGAAACAAGAGUGAUGCUAAGAGAAAAUCAAGGAUUAGAUCAUCUUUUCAAGAUACUGGAAACUAAGGAAUUUAAUGAUCUACAUGUAGAAGCUCUUGGAGUUGUGGCAAAUUGUCUUGAGGAUGUGGAUACUGUGCAACUGAUUCAGGAGACAGGGGGUCUCAGAAAACUCCUGGCCUUUACUGAAGUUUCCACCCUAACUGAUUUUCAGAAGAAUGCCGCGAAAGCUAUUGCUAGAGCAGCCUAUGAUCCUGAAAGCAGAAAAAUCCUGAAUGAACAAGAAGUUGAAAAAUGUCUUGUCACCCUUUUGGGAACAGAUAAUGAAGGAACAAAAAUAGCUGCUUCUCAAGCCAUCUCUGUUAUGUGUGAGAAUUUAGCUAGCAAACAAACCCUUGGAGCUCUAGGAAUUCCCCAGCUCGUUCAGUUGCUAAGCAGCGAAAAUGAAGAGGUAAAAGAAGCUGCUGCUACAGCUCUCGUUAAUCUGACAACCGCCCAUCUUGCCAAUGUAAG